AUGGGAGAUAUCAUCGUUGCAACCGGGAAGACGAAAGACAGUGGAGGAUCCUCUACAAUAAAGUGUCCGAUGUUGAGCUCCACAAACUAUACCAUUUGGGCUAUCAGGAUGAAGCUUGCGUUACAGAUACACAAAGUUUGGGAGAUCGUGGAAGGUGAAGAAACAACCGAGGGAGACAAAAAUUGCAUGGCCAAAGCUUUAUUAUUCCAAUCUAUACCAGAAAGUCUUAUUCUUAAAGUUAGAGAACUCGAUACAGCAAAAAAGAUGAAGGAUAAUGAAACCAUUGAUGAGUUUGGAGGAAAUCUUGCUGAGAUUUCAUCUAAAUCCUCGGCCCUAGGGAUAAGCAUCGAAGAACCUAAACUCGACAAGAAGUUCCUAUCAAGCCUCCCUCGUAAAAAAUACAUCCACAUUGUAGCGUCCCUCGAGCAAGUAUUAGACCUAAAUACUACAAGUUAUGAGGAUAUCAUAGGUCGUUUGAAAACUUAUGAGGAACGUAUACAAGAGAAUGAGGAACCACAUGAAGAUCAGACCAAACUCAUAGGACGCGAAAGAGGUUGCAAUACGUGGAGAGAUCCAACAAAUAUCACGUGGUAUCGUUGCGACAAGAUAGGGCACUACGCGACGGAUUGCCCUGAUCGAUUUUUGAAGCUACAGGAAGCUCAAGAGAAUACCAAUAGUGAGACACAUGAUGCGGAUGAGCUUAUGAUUCACGAGGUGGUGUAUCUAAAAGAGAAGAACUGUCUACCAGACAAAUGCGAGGCAAACUCCAGAGCAGAAAACAUAUGGUACUUAGAUAAUGGGGGAAGUAAUCAUAUGACAGGAGACAAGAGAUAUUUUUCUGAGUUGGAUAGUUCAGUCACCAGAAAAGUGAGAUUCGGGGAUGACUCACGCAUUGAUAUAAAGGGAAAGGACACCAUAUCUUUCAUAGAUAUGAACGGAGAGCCAAGGAAGAUGACCAACGUCUACUACAUUCCGGAGUUGAGAAGCAACAUCAUUAGUCUCGGACAAGCAACAUAG